AUGGCGAAUAGGAGCAUAAAAAUAUUUUGGCAUAGCCAAAUGAUUUUCCUUUUCCUCUACAUAAAUAUUGAGGGUCUUGUCAUAAUUUACGUGAUGUACACGCAGAUAUGUAAAUUGGGCAGUGCAUGUAGCUUUUCACCAGAUUUUAAAUCAUCAAAUUAUGUGCUACAAUGUGAGUGCGAAUGUGAAGGAAAAAGCAAGAAAGAAAAUGAAUAA